AGAUCGCAGCCCGGUGUGCCCCUCUGAACCAGUCACCUCCAUACCACGAUUCUUGGGACUAUGUCCAAACUUGGACAUACCCCUAUGAGCAACAGUGGGAUUCUUGGCCUAUUGAGCAGUCACACGAGUUCCUUGAGGACUCCUCAGAAUACAAUGCAAAGCUCGACCAAGUCCUCGCUCUUUUAGCCUCCCAAGCGGCCCAAAGGAGUAAUAUUGAGUCCAGAAUCAAGAACCUAGUAGAGCGCGUGCAAGUCUUGGAGGAUCGAGUUAUCAAUGUCUCUCCCGAGCCCACCGCUCAAGGCGAAUCUACACAUAAGAAUGACCCUCGGGAGGCUGCUUUGACAUACGAUGAAAAGCUCGACCUAUGUCUUGCUCGUCUAUCUAGCCAUACCACUCGAGAUGUGGAGAAUAAACUCGGAU